AUGGGAUCAGAUUUUUGGGCAGGAUACCUUAGUGGUGCCCUUGGGAUUAUCAUUGGAAACCCGUUCGAUGUGGUCAAAGUUCGGUUACAGGCAGGCAAUGCGGCUCAUAUCCAGCCAUCCCACCUAUCCGGAAUUGAGAGGGCUAGCUCGCUUGUUCGAGGUGCAGCAGCCCCGAUCCUGGGAUAUGGUGCGCUCAAUGCAGUUCUCUUUAUGACAUACAAUCGGUUGCUGAUGGCUAUGGAUCACUCGGUUGUGGACCCCACCAACCCUGCGGGGACGUCUUUGUAUAAAAUAUGGAUUGCUGGUGCCGCAGGCGGACUGACCAGCUGGAUGAUCUCUGCUCCAACUGAGUUCAUCAAAUGUCGAGCACAAAUGGACUCUCGUCCGGAGGUUUCAUCAUGGUCGGUCGCUAAGGAUAUAUAUCGCCACCGUGGUUGGCGAGGACUCUACUAUGGAGGAGGCGUCACAAGCGCUAGAGAUGCAAUUGGCUAUGGAUUCUAUUUCUGGUCUUAUGAGCUAUGUAAGCGCUUUAUGACAUAUGAAAAUGAAACUUCCAACCAGGCAGCUAUGAAUGUUCUCCUUUGUGGUGGUAUUGCCGGUAUUGUGACUUGGGGUUCUGUCUUCCCUCUGGACAUGAUUAAGACUAGACUCCAAGCGCAGACGAUGCAUGACAUGCACGACGUGCAUACUCUUCCGGGGUCUGCAGAGCGCCAACCUCUUUUACGCCCGCGUCAGACACUGACCACAUUUCAAAUUGCGAAAGAGACCUAUCGAGCUGAAGGCUUGAGACCCUUUUACAGAGGAUUGGGUGUCUGUAGUAUACGAGCCUUCAUUGUGAAUGCCGUUCAAUGGGCGGCAUAUGAGUGGCUGAUGAAAAGUUUUAAUCAGCCUUUGAGCCUCGAGGUCCAAAGUAUCUAG